GGCAGUGCGCGGCGGCACUCGGCAGUGCCUGUCCUGCAGUGCCGCCGCCACCAUGUCCUCGGUCAACAUGUUUCUGUGCGACGCCUGCCUUAUUUUAUUGGUCGGGAUCGCAUUCGCCUUCCCCGAAGACAAAGCUGUGGGAAGUACAACGGGCUUACCAGAGCCGUUGAAGGGCAACUGUACGUGCGGCGGGUUCGACUCGCGCAGCGGGUCCGCGCCGCUGCUGGCGCACUCGCCCGGGCUGACGGUGGAGUGCGGCGCCGCGGGCAACACCAGCUGCGGCAACCUGUGCGUGGCGCUCGCCACCGCCACCCGGGCCAAGGGGCCCGAGGUGCUGUGCAACCGGAUCAAGGCCUGCGACGAACUCAAGCUCUCCGUAUUCUACAAGAUCUGCGACGGUCCGUGGGUGCCCGCGAACAUGACGGCUGAAGAGGCGCUGUGCUGCGAGAACUCCAAACCGAAAACGUGCGCCUCCGCCGUGUCCACGUCAAGCCCUGCGGCCUCCAGCCCCGUCACCGGGGCCCCCGUGUCAAUCUAACGUCCCUCAUUUGUCUUUGCUGUUUCCGAAAGUUAACGACACGGGAGAAUCAUUUCACGAACGAUUUACGUUACCUAACACA